AAACUUACAACUGUACAGAGAUACGAAGAGCACUUUCAGAAUAGUUCUGUUUUUACUACUCUUCAGUGAUGUAUAUGGUGCUGAGAGACAUAAAAUCAAAGCAGUUUCAGUGAAAGAGGAAGAAAGUGUUGCUCUGCUUGGUGAAACUGAAAUACAGAUUGGAGAUGAGUUACUGUGGAUGUUUGGAAACGAGGGUGAACUCCUAGCCAAAAUCAAUACAAAGAACAAAAUCUUUGAGAUAUAUGACAGUGAUGACGGGAGGUUUGAAGACAGACUGGAGCUGGAUCAUCAGAAUGGAUCUCUCAUUAUCAGAGACAGUAAAACCACAGACUCUGGAUGUUAUACAAUGAAAAUUAUCAACAAAAGAGCAACUAUAUACAAGAGAUUCUGUGUCACUGUCAGCGAUGCAUUUGGUGCUGAGACAGAUCAAACCAAAGCAAUCUCAGUGAAAGAGGGAGAAGAUGUUGCUCUGCGUACUGGAGAAACUGAAAUACAGACAGAAGAUGACAUACUGUGGGUGUUCGGAGAUAUAGGCGAUAUCAUAGCUGAAAUCAAUCUAAAUGUCAAAAUCUUUAAAACAUAUGACGGUGAUGACGGGAGAUUUAGAGACAGACUGGAGCUGGACAGAUAUACAGGAUCUCUCAUUAUCAGAAACAGUAAAACCACAGACUCUGGAGUUUAUACAGUGAAGAUUAUCAACAAAAGAGCAACUAUAUACAAGAGAUUCUGUGUCACUGUCAGCGAGAAUCUGCUACAUUAUAUGAAGAUUAUUGUUUCGAACAUCCUGCUUCUAUGAUGGAUUGGAUGCGUACUCAAGAGGUGUUUCUUCUGAUGCUUAUCCCCAGGUAACUAGAUAUUAUACAAGCUAGAUCCGGCCUCUUAUGAAGACAUCAGAUGAUGCCAACUCUGAAUCAAUAUGCAAAACUGACAAAUUUGAAUCAUUAUGACCACAACAUGUAAUCAUUGCCUUAAUCAUGUUCAUCAUUUCUGCUUGAAUACUGUCAUGAACUAACUGCAUGAUUACAUGCAUCUACAUGGAGAUUAUUUAGAGUCCCUCUGAUAAAACUUUACUCUUAACUGUAAUGGAUAAACAAGAAUCUUCUCUCAAGCUGCUUUGAAACUAAAUGUAUUGUGAAAAACUCUUUACAAAUAAACGUGAAUUGACUGAA